AUGGAUCACCUGCAGUCUUUUUCCUUAGAUGCUCGAGCUUCCCUUUCAGAUCCAACAUCCCAGCCAAACGCAACGCCGCUGGACAGGCCCUCGUUUACCUUCAUCGAUCACCAUGACGACUUGACCUCCAAGCGAAUCAAAGAUGUCAACGCUCGCAAAGCCAUCCGAUCCCAUGUGAUGCGCGAUGUUCGCCGGCGGGAAAGACUCGCCGGGUUAAAGCGAACCACUCGACGGGAAAGCCAAGGUCGAGGCCUGCCAGUGAACACGAAAUCUCAGUACGAUCAAUCUCAAGAAGAACGGGAAUUGGUCCUCAGGAGGACACCCGAAUCCUCCGGCCAAUCACCCCUCUACGAACCAGAGCUCCAUGGAGAACUUGUUAGCAGAUAUCGCCGCAGGAGUCCCACUAAGUGGACCACGGGUUAUCCAUUUGAUCCCCAGUUGAACCCAGAACCGGGCUUGCUGCCUACUUCCUGGUUUAUCGAUCCUUUUUGCACAUUGCCCGGGACCGAUGAACUCCCUACUAUGGUUGCACAUUUGUUAUACUAUUGUAAGGGGUGGUUUUGUUUAUAUACAGCGUUUUGCUCAUGGAUUGGAACUAAACUGACGAAAAACAAUCAAUUAGGGAAGUCCGUAUUUGUCCCAGUGACCUUUCCAAACGAGGCCAAGGGCCAAUUUACCAAAGAAGUCGAAUUACUGGUCCGCUCCUCCUUUUCAGACCCGGGUGGUUUCUUCGGUCUGAUGAGUAUGUGUGCGGCGCACAGAGCGGCAUUGUCGUCCGGCCAUCUCAAUUCCAUGCUGAUCGAAUCCGAUGACAAGCAAACCGGCAAUGAUCGAGAUUACUGUAUCAUGAAGGCAAAAUGCAUUCGAGAAAUGAAUGUGAAAGUUCGAGAUCCUGCGCAAGCAUUAACUAAUGAGGCAUUUGAUACGAUCGUGAAUCUUUUGACUGGUUCUUUAAUUGCUGGAUUAUUCGACGAAGCUCGAAUUCAUUUGACAGGCCUGAGACGCAUGGUAGAGCUACGUGGCGGAAUUUCAGGUGAAAGCAUUCAAUCUGCUUCCAUUUUAAUCGCCAUCACCACCUCUGAUGUUAAAGCCGCCUCCGGUCUGCUAGUCAAACCCGUGUUCCCACUAACAUGGGACACACAACCCGUCCCUAAAGCAAUCCAACAACGUAUUCGACCACCCCCUUCCUCAUCAUUACACCAGCUUGGCUCGGGAUUUUUCGCCAACACCAUUCUCAGCCCCCCUCUAAUCCGAAUACUGAACGUCGUCCGGGAUGUCAUUUUCUACGGCGUUGCCAUCACGCAACCCUCCAACCUCGAAUCCUCCGAACGCCACUUUUUCCGCAUCCUCAACUGCGAAGCAGAACAUCAACUCUUAAGUUAUAUAUACGAGAACAGCGAGAAAGGCCCGGGCCCCAAGAACCCGGAAAAGCACAUCCACCCGAUCGAAGCCGUCACGCGCGUAGCAGUAAUAUGCUUCUUGAAUAAUUUCCUGAUCGUUUCACCCCCUUCGUCUGGCCUGGGCCGGGCUCUCACAAAACACCUCGUCAAGGUCGUUAGCAAUUUCAAGAUAUCUCGCCUUCUCGAUCUGCCGAAAGAAAACCUCAAUCUAUUUGCUUGGGUGAUUUUCAUCGGAGCUCGAGGAUCCAUUGGCCAGCGUGAGCAGGGAUGGUUCGUGGAGCGGUUAGCCCGGAUCGCUAUGAUUUCUGAUUAUUUCUUCGUUCCGGGUGCUCAGGACGAGGAUUGGCGGUGUGUUUGGGAGGAAACUUUGUCUGGCUAUGUGAUACCCGUGGAAGAAGGAUGA